GGCCUCGGCCCUCGGUAGGGGCAGCUGCCAGCGGCUCUCCCGCCCCGCACACCUCUCCGGCAGCCGCCUGGCAGGUGGGAGAGCGCUGCCCGUGGGCCGCCCCGGUGGCACCGGGCCCUUCCCGGGGGUCCGGCCCCGACGCCCCCUCACAAAGGCGCGUGACGGGGCGGGGCGGCCGCGCCCCCUCCCCCCGCCCAGGCCGGGGCGGACUCUUUUUCUCUCGCUCUCGAGCUCCUUGCCCCCCUCCCCACCCUCCCUCCCGGCGGAGGUGCACGUCCCGUUCAGAGGCGCUCGGCGGCCCAGCGGCUGUUGGAUUGUUCAGAGAGCGGCGGAGCGGCGGCGAGCGGCCCUUGGCCCGGGCCAUGGCCGAGUUCCUGCCCCCGCCCGAGUGCCCCGUCUUCGAGCCCAGCUGGGAGGAGUUCGCCGACCCCUUCGCCUUCAUCCACAAGAUCCGGCCCAUCGCCGAGCAGACCGGCAUCUGCAAGGUGCGGCCGCCGCCGGACUGGCAGCCUCCCUUUGCCUGUGAUGUUGAUAAGCUUCACUUUACACCGAGGAUCCAGAGGCUCAAUGAGCUAGAGGCCCAGACUCGUGUGAAGCUGAACUUCCUGGACCAGAUUGCCAAGUUCUGGGAGCUUCAGGGAUGCACACUGAAAAUUCCCCACGUGGAGAGGAAGAUCUUGGAUUUAUUUCAGCUUAACAGACUAGUUGCAGAGGAAGGAGGAUUCGAUGUGGUGUGCAAGGAGAGGAAGUGGACCCGAAUCGCCACGCGGAUGGGCUUCGCGCCGGGCAAGGCCGUGGGCUCCCACAUCCGCGCCCACUACGAGCGCAUCCUCUACCCCUACAACCUCUUCCAGUCUGGAGCCAGCCUCCUGUGCUUGCAGAAGCCAGACCUCAGCAGUGACACCAAGGACAAGGAGUACAAGCCCCACGACAUUCCCCAGCGGCAGUCGGUGCAGCCGUCCGAGAGCUGCCCCCCGGCGCGGCGAGCCAAGCGCCUGCGAGCGGAGGCAACCAACCUCAAAAGUGAAUCUGACACUCCAGAGGCCAGAACUCACAACCUGAGGCGCAGGAUGGGCUGUGCCCCCCCCAAGUGUGACAGUGAAAAGGAGCUGCACAGCACAGUGAAACUUGCUGAGAAGAAAGAGCAUGCAGGGGAGCCAGACAGAGACAAAUCCAAAGUCCGAGCCAAGAAGCCAACAAAUGCUGUGGAUCUCUACGUGUGUCUGCUGUGCGGCAGCGGCAACGACGAGGACCGCCUGCUGCUGUGCGACGGCUGCGACGACAGCUACCACACCUUCUGCCUGAUCCCUCCCCUCCAUGAUGUCCCCAAAGGGGACUGGAGGUGUCCCCAGUGCUUGGCUCAGGAGUGUAACAAACCUCAAGAGGCAUUUGGCUUUGAGCAAGCAGCAAGAGACUACACCCUGCGCACCUUCGGGGAGAUGGCCGACGCCUUCAAGUCAGACUACUUCAACAUGCCCGUGCAUAUGGUCCCCACCGAGCUGGUUGAGAAGGAGUUCUGGAGACUUGUCAGUACCAUUGAAGAGGAUGUGACAGUAGAGUAUGGAGCUGAUAUUGCUUCCAAGGAAUUUGGCAGUGGCUUCCCAGUCAGGGGUGGGAAAUUCAAAGUUAGAGCAGAUGAAGAGGAGUACCUUGACAGUGGCUGGAAUUUAAACAACAUGCCUGUGAUGGAGCAGUCUGUGCUUGCUCACAUCACUGCAGACAUCUGUGGGAUGAAGCUGCCCUGGCUGUAUGUGGGAAUGUGCUUCUCUUCCUUCUGUUGGCACAUAGAGGACCACUGGAGCUAUUCCAUUAACUAUCUGCAUUGGGGGGAGCCUAAAACGUGGUAUGGAGCCCCAGGGUAUGCAGCUGAACAGCUGGAGGAUGUAAUGAAGAAGCUUGCUCCAGAGCUCUUUGAAUCUCAGCCAGAUCUCUUGCACCAACUUGUCACCAUAAUGAACCCGAAUACUUUGAUGGCCCACGGAGUGCCUGUGUAUCGAACCAACCAGUGUGCUGGGGAGUUUGUCAUCACCUUUCCCAGAGCUUACCACAGUGGCUUCAAUCAGGGGUUCAAUUUUGCUGAAGCUGUGAACUUCUGCACGGUCGAUUGGCUGCCCCUGGGCCGCCAGUGCGUGGAGCAUUACCGACUGCUGAACCGCUACUGCGUCUUCUCCCACGAUGAGAUGAUCUGCAAGAUGGCUUCCAAGGCAGAUGUCCUGGAUGUGGUGGUGGCUUCCACGGUCCAGAAGGACAUGGCCAUCAUGAUUGAGGAGGAGAAGAGGCUGCGGGAGAAGGUGGACAAGCUGGGAGUGACUGACUCGGAGAGGGUGGCCUUCGAGCUGCUGCCCGACGACGAGCGGCAGUGUGUGAAGUGUAAAACCACCUGCUUCAUGUCUGCUGUCUACUGCCCCUGCAAGCCUGGGCUGCUGGUCUGCUUGUACCACGUGGAGGACCUCUGCUCCUGUCCCACCUACAAAUACAAACUGGGGUUCCGCUACAGCCUGGAGGAGCUCUACCCCAUGAUGGCUGCGCUGAAGCUGCGCGCAGAGUCCUACAACGAGUGGGCUGCCGCCGUCAGCGAGGCUCUGGAGGCCAAGAUCAACAACAAGAAGAGUCUCAUCAGCUUUAAGGCUUUGAUAGAAGAGUCAGAAGUGAAGAAGUUCCCAGACAACGACCUGCUGCGGCACCUGCGGCUGGUGACGCAGGACGCAGACAAAUGUGCCUCGGUGGCACAGCAGCUCCUCAACGGCAAGAGACAAACCAGGUACCGCUCCGGAGGAGGGAAGUGCCAGAACCAGCUGACGGUGACGGAGCUGCGGCUCUUCGUCAGGCAGCUCUAUGCCCUGCCCUGUGUGCUCAGCCAGACCCCCCUGCUGAAGGAUCUUCUGGAUCGUGUGGAGGCCUUUCAGCAGCAGAGCCAGAAGCUGCUCUCUGAGGACAUGCCCAGCGCUGCAGAGCUGCAGGAGCUGCUGGACGUCAGCUUCGAGUUCGACGUGGAGCUGCCGCAGCUGGCGGAGCUGCGCGCGCGGCUGGAGCAGGCGCGCUGGCUGCAGGACGUGCAGCUGGCGUCCGCCGAGCACAGCUCCCUCACCCUGGACGACAUGAGGCGCCUCAUCGACUCGGGUGUGGGGCUGGCUCCCUACCCAGCAGUGGAGAAAGCCAUGGCCAAGCUGCAGGAGCUCCUUACUGUGUCUGAGCACUGGGAUGACAAGGCCAGGAACCUGCUGAAGGCCAGGCCCCGGCAGUCGCUGAGCAGCCUGGCAGCGGCAGUGAAGGAGCUGGAGGAGAUCCCUGCGUACCUCCCGAGCGGCGCCGCGCUCAAGGACGCGGUCCAGAAGGCCAAGGACUGGCUGCAGGAGGUGGAGGCUCUGCAGGUUGGAGGACGUGUGCCUGUGCUGGACACCCUGGCAGAGCUGGUCACAAGGGGCAGGUCUAUCCCAGUGCACCUGGACUACCUGCCCAGGCUGGAGGCCUUGGUGGCAGAAGUUCAAGCCUGGAAGGAGUGUGCAGCAAAUACCUUCCUGUGUGAGAACUCCCCUUACUCCCUGCUGGAGGUGCUGUGUCCCCGCUGUGACAUCGGCAUGCUGAAUCUGAAGAGGAAGCAGAAGAAGCUGAAGGAGCCAGUCCCAGGUGGAAAGAAGAAGAGCACUAAGCUGGAGACUCUGAGCGACCUGGAGCGGGCGCUGUCGGAGAGCAAAGACACAGCCUCAGCGAUGGCCACGCUGGGGGAGGCCAGGCUGAAGGAGAUGGAGGCGCUGCGCUCCCUGCGGGCCGCCAACGAGGGGAAGGUGCUGGGCGGCGAGGAGGAGGCGGAGCUGAGGGUCUGCCUGUGCCAGAAGGAGCCUGCGGCGCCCAUGCUGCAGUGUGAGCUCUGCAGGGGCUUCUUCCACACCGCCUGCGUCCCGGCGCCCGGCCUGCCGCAGGGCCCUGCCGUGUGGCUGUGCCCGCAGUGCCACCGCUCCGAGAAGCCUCCCCUGGAGAGGAUCCUGCCCCUGCUGGCCGCCCUGCAGCGCAUCCGAGUGCGGCUGCCCGAGGGGGAUGCCCUGCGCUACAUGAUCGAGAGAACUGUCAGCUGGCAGCACAGGGCACAGCAGAUGCUCUACUCAGGGAACCUCAAACUCAUACAGGACAAAAUGGGCUCAGGAUUAUUGUACAGCAGGUGGCAAACCACAGCAGGGCAGCUGCCAGAGGCUAACAAGGUUUCCCAGCCCAUCGGAGCGAUGUCCUUCUCCGUGCCCCACGACCGGGACAGCAGCAGCAGCAUCUCCUUCCCUUCUCCCUUCUGCACAGGACAGCCCUGCAUCCCCCUGCAUGUCAUCAGCACAGAGCUGGAUGAGCUGAUGAUGGAAGCUCAGCUGCUGCAAGUUUCCCUGCCUGAAAUACAGGAGCUGUACCAGGCCCUGUUCACAAAGCCAAGCCCUGGGGUGCAGGCAGAGCAGAGGUCACCUGUGGGAGCCACCAACGAGAAGGCCGAGUGCUGCCGGGGCAGGAGGGAGGGGAUGAGCUCCAUGGAGAGGAAGCUGAAGCGGCGCCUGGAGAGGGAGAGCUGCUGCGAGGAGAAGAGAGCCAGGGUGAAAAAAGUGAGAACCCCCAAGAAGAAGAAGCUGAAACUGAGCCCCUCCAAGGAGCUGAGCAGCAACAGAGUGGAGAGGGAGAGGCUCCUGGAGCUGCAGCGCUGCAGUGACAGCCAGCUGCUGGCCUCGGACGUGUCCUCGGAGCAGGAGGACUCUGAGGAUGAGGAUGCCAUCUGCCCUGCCGUGAACUGCCUGCAGCCUGAGGGGGAUGAGGUGGACUGGGUCCAGUGCGAUGGCAGCUGCAACCAGUGGUUCCACCAGGUGUGUGUGGGCAUCUCUGCAGAGCUGGCAGAGAAGGAGGACUACAUCUGCACCAGCUGCUCGGGGAAGGACUCUCAGCACCGCAAGUGAAGCUGCCGCGGCGCUCGGGACUGCG